CGGAGAGGGUUAUGGCACAAAUAACAACAACAGACGAGCAAGGUUGAGGUGGAGCGACUAAUGAGCAGCCGGAGAGAGGUGCGCGGGCGUAUGUGGCGCACAUGGGAGUAAUGACACGCAAAUAACUGCGCUGCACGGACCAACAGUCCCCUCCACUGAUGAGGUCCAACGCAGCUGUCGGGGAGGAGUGACCAGCCCUCAACACUGGUGCACAGCCCCAGUCUCCCCUGAUCCCUGCAGGAACCAGUCCUGGUGUCCACACCCUCUUUUUUUUGGCAUAAACGUGUCCCCGGGAUCAUUCAAACCUGUUUCUCCAACGCUUCUACCAAAAACUUAGACUGUUUUCCAAAGCAGACCCGGCUCAGCCCUCCCAGGCGGAAGCGAUGGGGAGCGUGCGGAGCCACCGCUACAGCAUCGUGUCCUCGGAGGAGGACGGCAUGAAGCUGGCCGCCAUCGCCGUCCCCAACGGCUACGGCAACGGCAACGUCAACAAGCCGCACGGCGAGCGGCAGCCGCAGAGCCGCUUCGUCAGCAAGGACGGCCACUGCAACGUGCAGUUCAUCAACAUGAGCGAGAAGGGGCAGCGGUACCUGGCCGACAUCUUCACCACCUGCGUGGACAUCCGCUGGCGCUGGAUGCUGGUCAUAUUCUGCCUGUCCUUCCUGCUGUCGUGGCUGUUUUUCGGCCUCGUCUUCUGGGUGGUGGCCCUCUGCUACGGGGACUUAGAGAACGAGUCUCAGAUAUGCGUUUCGAACGUGGACAGCUUCACCGCCGCCUUCCUGUUCUCGGUGGAGACCCAGACCACCAUUGGCUACGGCUAUCGCUACGUGACCGAGGACUGCCCCAUCGCCGUCUUCAUGGUGGUCUUCCAAAGCAUCGUGGGGUGCAUCAUUGACGCCUUCAUCAUCGGCGCCGUCAUGGCCAAAAUGGCGAAACCCAAGAAGCGCAACGAGACCCUGGUGUUCAGCCACUACGCUACGGUGGCUAUGAGGGAUGGGAAACUCUGCCUGAUGUGGCGCGUGGGAAACCUGAGGAAGAGUCACCUGGUGGAGGCUCACGUCAGGGCCCAGCUCCUCAAGUCCCGCACCACCGUGGAGGGGGAGUUCAUCCCUCUGGAUCAGGUGGACAUUGACGUGGGCUUCGACAGCGGCAUCGACAGGAUCUUCCUGGUGUCUCCGAUUACCAUCGUGCACGAGAUCGACGACGGCAGCCCGUUCUAUGACAUGAGCAAACAGGAGUUGGAGACGUCGGAGUUUGAGAUCGUGGUCAUCCUGGAGGGCAUGGUGGAGGCCACGGCCAUGACCACCCAGUGCCGGAGCUCGUACGUGGCCAGCGAGAUCCUCUGGGGCCACCGCUUCGAGCCGGUGCUCUUCGAGGAGAAGAACUACUACAAGGUGGACUACUCCCGCUUCGACAACACGUACGAGGUGCCCAGCACGCCCCACUGCAGCGCCCGGGAGCUCGCCGACAGGAAGUCCAGCGCCUCCAGCUCCAGGAACUCCUUUUGCUACGAGAACGAGGUGGCUUUGGAAAAGGUGGAAAUGGAGGAGGAGGAGGAGGAGGAGUUUGAGAGCGAGGAGAGCAAGCAAAUCAACGGGGUGGAGGUCGGCGCACUUAAAGACACAAGCGCCGACGCGGCGUCAGACUCUGAGUGCAAGCUGGACACUUUGCCUUUGGACUCGAGACCCCUGACGGCCGAAUCAGAGAUAUGAGCGCAGGGCAAGUAACGUUUGCUGGAACUUCGCUAUGCAGGAGGAAAUCCACACAUGCUGAAUACAGUGAAAGAAACUGAGGUCGCGCGAAGAUGCUGGGAUGAAACGAGGUAGAUGCCUUCACCUAAACACUGUGCAGUCAGAUUCUAUGCACAGUAACUGACUAAAUAUAAGAACCUGAAGUAUUUAGAUUUAGGCUGCACAAAAAAGCUAAUUGCUAAUGAGCUGGACUCUUAGCAUGUUUGCAUAGUGUUGCUGCUCGUGUGGUUCCAUGUUCCCAUGGAAGAUGUUUGGACUUUGCACUAGGCUCCCAUCAACCCUGCCUCCAGUACAGCAACGUGGGUCUUAAAGGUCUCAGUCACUGGGAGGAGGAUCACUCCGAGGUUGUGCAAUACAGCUCAGCGGCAGCGGCCGAGAGCUGCGCCCUGAGCCAGAGGUUCCGAAUGUUAAAAAGUGCUGCUAAGUCACACGACCCGGAGGCGCCGACGCGUUCCCUUCAUCCCUCGCAGAGUCCGUUCUGAAGAUCUGAAGGAGGAGAUCUCAGACGUGGACGAGCACGACCCUCUCAGUGUGUUUCCCACAGCUUCAGCCCCCCCCCCCCACCAUUACGUCCUCCCACCACAACGUCGUGUACAUACAGUAUAUGCCAGUGGACUGCAGCUAACGCCCUCCUCAUCCCACCGUCGGGCUCUGAGAUGACUGUGAUGUAGUGGCCUGUUGCCGUCAGCGCGGCAUGAAGGAUCUGGGCACGUCUUAGGUAAUCGUAUCAUUUCUGAAUGUGCCCUUGCUUUGUCUUAUUACACACUGGGAACGCUAAGUUAUAGUUCAGCAACAAUCACUAAUCCAGAACGCAGGUAUUACACUUGACUUCAGUCUUACAUAAGAUUGAGCUUUGAUGUGUUUUUCUUUUUUUUUUAAUGUCUCUAACGUCAAAGGAAGGAAGUCUAUUUAAACACUUCACACAGUUCUCCUGUCUUAGUUCUUUAUUUUUCUACCAGAGUCCUCCCACGCCCCGGCACAAACCAGACACUGUACAGAUUUUUUUAUAUUUUGUAAAUUGUAAUGCAGUUACUGUAUGUUGAUAUGGCAGUUGUUGUUUUUUUUGUUUUUUUUUU